GUGUUGACGAACGCGGCCACCGGGUGACCACCACCAUGGAUAACGACUACUUUUCCAUUGAUGCCAUACUAGCUGAAAAUCAGAAAAUACAAUGUACUUUUAAAGUCGACAUCCCUGACAUGGGCCACCUCGCAGGUGGAUCUGACCGUGACAUCAAAUCCUUGACAAAGGCACCAAUACCAAUUUGGCUGGCCUACAUCAUAUUGUUCUCUGACUGGGCUGAUUUCACUAUCCCUUCACCAUUUGCUACACGAGUGAGAAACGCGCUCAAGGCUGAGCCACGGAGCGUAAAGCUAUCCAACUUGGUUGGUGCAGGUGGACUAUGGUACGGUUUUGGGAAGUUGGUCAUGGAUAUUUUGGGCGAAGAGCAGGCGAAUGGCAUAUCAGAAGUUCUAACAAAGGCCUUCAAAGGACGGUUGCUCGAGGUGAUCGACCAAGCGCAGCAUUUCGCUGCGCUUGGCCCUGCGGGAGGAGGUGGACCUUCUGCCGACACAGCACAGUCAUUCAGAGAAGGGCUUGAUGGUACAGAAAGGGAAUUGUUUGCACUGGCUCAGGAAAGCGCAAAACGAAUGAAACGUUGGCAUGAAGGAAAUGACAAGGCACGUCGAUGAAGAGUACAUUGCUCUGCGCGUCGUGUAUCUACUAUAAAUCAUUGUUCUUUUUUAUUUGUACUCGUCUCCAUAUUGGUCGUCACAUUCGCAGGAGGAGCUUUCUUCAGCUCUUGCACAAACCUAUGCAUUGACCUCAGUGUACUGCUCAACAUUUUUAUGCCCAACACAACGUACCAUUUCACGCUCGCCCACAGA